AGAACUCGAUGCUUGUAUGAUUAAAAAAACAGACAAUCAGUAAACGACAGAUGGACGGUAGGAUCAGCUUCAUGGCUAUACGAACUGACGGCUAAAAAAUUCUAACGACGUGUCCACUAUGUCUUGACCUUGCUUUAAUAUAUAGAAAUAGAAAUAGAAAUAUGUGCUGGAUAUCCUAGCUCGAUCUUGGCAAACCCACCCGUCUGUUCUCGUCGUGGCGGCCGCCCUGUCGCCGUGUCCCCAAUCCGGCUCCGACAAUCCCACGCCCAGCAGUCCAGCUCCAGCACCAUCAGCGCCGCCCUGCCCCUGUCCCUAAUCCCACGCGGCCACACCCAGGACCCAGCGGCCUGCGGGCUGCGGCAGUGCGGCUAGCACACCACCCGUCCAGCCGUCCAGCCGAUCUAGGUCUCUAUGUGUCCUUUGAGUCUUCUCUCCAUAUAAAUUCAUCAUAAAAGCUCAAAAGACCUAGAUCGGCUUUUUCCCCCUUGUUCGGCAAAGGCGUUUCGGGGUGUUCAUCGUGGAUUGAUCGAUCAUGGCGGAGGGGGAGACAUCGGCGGAGGAAAAGAGGAGGCGGACGGGGCCACCAGAGGCGCAGGAGUUGGAGGAGACAAAGAGGAGGCGGACGGGGCCACCAGAGGCGCAGGAGUUGGAGGAGCGCCUGGACUCUCUCAGGGACAAAAUUGCGGCCGCAAGGCUUGUCGCUGGCAGCCGAUUCGGCGAGGAGCAGCGACGGUCCUUGUUGCGGGAGUGGUUGCGCCUCGCAUCUGCCAAGUUGGAUCUGGAUCUCUCAGGCAUGAGCGAGUUGGACCGAUCGGCAGAGGCGUUGCCUUGGUUGGUGCCGCCGGAGGAGGCAGACAAGAGGACGACACACACGCGGCAAGAGGUGCAGGAGUUGGAGGAGCGCAUGACCUGUCUGCAGUUGCUAUCCGAGGACGCAGCAGAUGACAGGAUUCUCGCCAGAAGGGAGCUUGGAGCAGCAGCCGACGAGUUCCUGCUCCGCUUGACGACGCGUCAACGGGCCUUGGCGCGCGAGUACUCGCGCCUCGCCAACCUGAAGAGGCCUCCCGAUCUCUCCGGCAUGACUGAGGCCGACCGGGGGGCGGAGGCGGAGAGGCUGAGGGAGGAGAUGUUGCAGAAGGCGCGUCAACUCCAGGACCAGGGGGACAUGAGCGGCGCCCGCGAGUCUGAAGGUCUGGCACGCAUCAUCGACUUCGAUGUCAAGCAGGGUGGCGAAUACCUCAACAGUAUCUGCUGUGUCGGCAACAUCUACACCUUCGACCACACAGAGGAGUCGCCCGUUGGUCCGAUGAGAUUUACCAACAGACCCUGGCAAGACAAGAUGUGUGUGAAUUGUGCGUCGAUAAACAUCCUAUCUGUCAAGAUUGCAUGCUCGGAUAUCGACUUCCCCAUCCAAGUCUAUGGCACCGUUGUUGCCAGGGACUGCAUCGACUACAAGUGUGUUUACCUCUUCCGCCGAGAUAAUGACCAUUGCCAACUCAUCAGCUCUAAUGAAGAAUCAUUGAUCUUGACUGGCCCAAAACGGGGACUUGCAUUGUGGUACGAUGCUGAUUAUGUUCAGACUGAUCUCUGGGUCAAGGAUCGUCAAGGGCAUUGCAAACAAUUCAGUAAGGGGAUCGUGAGGAUCCCAGGCAAUCAAGUGUUUGACAAAUGUGAGCCUGAAACAGUAUCUCUUGCUACCAGGCUCAGUACUGUGGAUGUGACAUAUGACGUUGUGGAAUGUGCGGUGGAGGCAACUGUUGCAGCUGAAGUUACACAGGGGGAAUUCUAUGGAGCAAUGACUGCCCACACCACCAGAAGCAAGAGGAGGAUUGUGCUGUUUGAUAGCCAAGUAGGAGGUGAUAAAUGUCAUGGUUUGAUUCAAUUGAUGCGACCUGUUGUAUCGGUCUCUGUGAUGGACAAGCUGAAAAUUUUCGCAACGACCGCUGCUGGUGUCUCUACAGGCGUUGAAGUUACUCCUAGAUGGAACGGUGGACACGAAUUCGUACUCACUUUAGGUGACGCUACGAUUUGUGUGAAGGUUACUUGGUCGAUGGUAGAUCCACGGCUUUAAAUGGGUUCGCCUGUUCGUUGUUAAGCAUCAUCGGUGGAAGUGUAGUAGUGUUGCAUUGGAAGGGUUUAUUCUACUCUUGUUAUUUGUCUAAAUGCAUCAUUUUUUUUGUGUGGUGGUGGUGGGGUUGUGUUGCUGGGUUCUCAGGUAAUAUUUUAAAUAAAACCUGAAAAUCCAGGCAGAGCUCACCUUUUGGUGCGGCCAUGGUGGUCUUCACCUUUUGCUGGGUUCUCAUGCUUGUUUGAGGCAGAUAUGAUGAGUGGCUACAAACAGACUGGAGCGUUCAGGUGUGCGAGCAUCCAGAGCUGAACGGAAUUGUGAUUCUAACUGACUAGAAACUGAAGAGCCUCCUUUCAGUUUUAAA